GGAAGAUGGCCGCUGCUGGUUGCAAGUUGCUAUUAGUUUGCCUGACAUUUACUUUGUCGUGAGCAAGAAGCUUUUCAGUUAUGACCAGCGAUUUUCGGCAGAAAGAAUCGGGCACGGAGCUGCUUGUUCGACUCAAAGGGAGAAGUUCUCUGAAAUGUCUUGAACCAAGGCUAUUUGGUGAAGAAGGUUUCCCAAAUCAUGGUGAUGCUGUUGAACUCCAUGGUCCAGAGGGAACAGGAAAGACAGAAAUGCUUUAUCACCUGGUGGCAUCCUGCAUUCUCCCAGAAUCAGCUGGUGGCCUCCAGGUUGAGGUUCUUUUCAUCGACACAGAUUACCAUUUUGACAUGCUUCGCCUGGUUACCAUUCUAGAACAUCGCUUAGUGCAGAGCACAGAGGAAUCAGUUAAACAGUGCCUGGGUCGCCUGUUUCUUGUUCACUGCUGCAGUAGUUCCCAGCUGCUGCUCCUGCUGCACUCGCUGGAAAGCUUGGUUUGUAGCCAUCCUGCCCUUUGCUUGCUUAUCGUGGACAGCAUGUCAGCCUUCUAUUGGAUUGACAGACUUAAUGGCGGGGAGAGCGUUAGCCAGCAGGAAGCCAAUCUCAGGCACUGCAUCGAGUGUCUAGAGAAGCUGCUGACCGAAUACCGACUAGUAUUACUUGCAACCACCCAAGCCUUAAUGCAUGGGCCAGGGCCUGGAACUUCUAGGUCAGAUGAAGCUGCAGCUGCAACCUGGCAGCCAGCCCACCCUGCAGUGACAGAGUAUAAACCCUAUCUCUGCAAAUCUUGGCAAAAGCUGGUCAAGCGAAGAUUUAUUUUCUCAAAGAACAACAUAUGGGACAAUAAGCAAGAAUUUUCUAUUGUGUCUCUUCAGCCAAGAGGCAGUAUUGUGUCCAGGUGUUCUUUUAUUAUUGCAGAUGGCGGGGUUCAGUUUCUUUAACCCUAAAACAUUCAUUCCUCAAUGAGGACCACUGGAGACACUUGUGAUCCCAAAAAUGAGAAAAUGCCCUUUUAUUUUAAAGCUGUUAAUUGUUCCAGUUAACUGAAGCCUAUUCAUCAUUUUUCCUGGUGACCCUCAACAAGGUCAGGUGGAGAUUUAACCCUCUUAAUCUGAAUAAAUUGGAAGGUUUCUGUUAUUUUCAGUGGGAAUUCUCCAGCAGAAUUUGGUCUAAACUGUCGGGGAAAAAGACUUAUCGAGACAUUUCCUUGAAGACUGUUUUUGAACAUUUAUGUUCUUUUUGAGGAUAGGCAAGUCCGAGACAUGUCCUUAACAUACUCCACUCUGACACAAAAUGCCAGAAAUACUUGAGUAGUUUUUUUGUGAUGGUGAUCCAAUUGGUCAUACUAAAUUGGAUUUUAAAUAAGCUAAUUGGAAAAUGAGUAGUUUUGGCUUUCUGUAUGUAUUUAUAAUCUGUUCUUAAGGCAUUUCAUUUGAAUUGCUUAACUUAAAAUCUAUUCAAUAACAUUGCUGUUUAAUGCAAUCCAUCCUUUUCAUUACUGAGCCCAGUUUGUUGAAUCUAACUGCCUGAGAACAGAAGGAGCCCAGACAAAUAACCCGUGCCCUUGCCAGUUCUUUGUCGCAGCAGUCUAAUUCACCCUGCUAUCUUGCCUUUUUCUCGGUAGUCCUUAAUGUUCUCUAGAAGAUCAUAUGGCUAAAAUUUUGCAAGACACACCACCCCUUAGCCUAUGACUUGAGGUGGCAAAUCUUUAAAUACCUUACACAAAAGUGUUGAUUCUGUAGUCCUUGUUUUCAAAAAGUGCAGUAUUUCCAAACAGAAUCUGAAAUUUCUCCUUAUGUUUAAAAUGAUGACUAACAAUGUUUAUAUGGUGUGAUAGAUAGAGGUUUUACAUUCUGAUGUCUAAAAAAAAUGUUUCAAAUAGCCUUAUCCUUUGGCAUGAGAAGCAUCACAAUGCAGAUUUGUUUUUAAAAAAGACUCUGGUUAUUUGUGUGUCCAAUAUUCUUAUGUGAGAUUUAGCAAUAAUACCUAUCUAUGAUGCAUUAUUUUACAAUAACUGACAUUAGUUUUGGUAGUCACUCAUUGAAAUCUUGGAUUCUGUCUCAAUGAAAUUCUCUCUCCGUCUCACUCACAGGCCUGCUUCUUCCCCAUUUGCAGGCAUCCAACUUACAAUAUAUAUUCUAAUUCAAAUGUUGUAACAUUUUUAAAUUGCAGCCUUUUUGUAGGUCUUUGUGAAUGAAACACAGGAAUAUGGGGCAGCACGGUGGCUCAGUGGUUAGCACUGCAGCCUCACAGCACCAGGGACCUGGGUUCAAUUCCACCUUCGGGCAACUGUCUGUGUGGAGUUUGUACAUUCUCCCCGUGUCUGCGUGAGUUUUCUCCGGGUGCUUCGGUUUUCUCCCACAGUCCAAAGAAGUGCAGGCUAGGUGGAUUGGUGAUGCUAAAUUGCCCGUAGUGUUCAGGGGUGUGGGUUA